GACCGAAAUGAUAUUCUGCUCACCAGUAGACCAGCAGGAACCACAACCAGAGGGAGAUGUUGAGAUCGCGUUUCUCACAAUGUUCACGCAUUGUCGCGUCAACAUCUGCGGCUCCGCUUACUGCUUGUCUUCAUACGUCCGCCGCUCUUCAGGCAACUUCGGCACGGAGGCGUAAGCAGGUCGUUGCGGAGAAAAAGAUCGCCGAACGACGUAUCGAGAAGCAAAGACUCGAAGAGCUCAAUCGUCCACACGUUGUGCUAGGCAGUAGGCCGGGAGAUGAUGCAAAGUGGUCGAACUGUGACCUGGCGAAGGUCCUCAUAAGCGAGGAACAAAUCUCGUCCGCCCCAAAACCGACAGUAGAUCCUUCAGGUCAGCUUCUGCUACCCGAAAUUCUCAACUUUGGCGUAGGAGCGACGGAGAAGGAAAUGCUUUUCGAGACGUUGCCGACACUUAGUGCGGAAUUCAAGACCGAACGGGCUCCUGUUUACAAGAUGCAGGAAGAAGCAGUGAAGGCCGAAGCUCAAGAACUUCAUAAAGCCAGUACAUUGGCUACGUUGCUUGACUUGCGGAACGCCAAUGCAGGAGGUAUCGCCUUUGCAAACCGGCAACGAAUCGUUGCUGCGUUUUCGGAGCCAGGAAAGCCUAAUGAUACUGGACGACCAGAAGUUCAAGCCGCUCUUGUCACAUAUACUAUCCGGAAAUUGUGGGAUCACUUGUCAAGGAUGAAGAAAGACGUUGCGAGUCGUCGCAAUCUUCGACGACUGGUGCAUCAGCGGGCUAAAAUUUUGAAGUAUCUCAAGCGGAUAGAUCGUGACCGCUACGAGAACGUCCUGCAACGUUUGGGCCUCGAGCCAGAAAGUGUUGAAGGAGAGCUCGUGGUGUAGAUGUAUUACUUAUAAUUUGCAUUAGAGUAAUGGAUAUAGGGUCGAUUCUAUCGCGAUGUGGAGGUUAGCUACCCUGCAUGCUCCAUUGCUCCGAGAGCAUACGACUUGACGUCAAUUUUUAUAUGAUGGCUUGGAACCGGAUAUAGUCAUUCCUUGACUCUAAGACUAGCUCUCUCUCUCUCACCAACAUCUACCAGUGCAACUUUGUCCUAAG